CACACGUGAUAAAACAGAACUUGAAGAAAAGUCACGGCCAAAGCGUAUGUUUCGUGUUGUGUUCUCGACAACGAAGUGUAAUCGUCAAAGAUUUGCACUUGCACCCGGUAAUGGAAAGGGACGCCUGCUUCAACUGCCAUCAGCGAGGCCACUGGGCCAAAAAUUGCCCUUUCAAGACCCCCGACAAGAAAUUUGAGCCCUCCUCUGCCAUUGUUAGCCUCCCCUCCUCCUCUUCUUCCAACGAUUCUGAUCUACCCCUCAUUCGAUGCCGUUGUGGCCAGGAUUAUUGCCUUGUUCGGACUUCCCGCACUGACAAGAAUCCCGGGAGGAAGUUCUACACUUGCCCUGGCGUUAACGGUAGCAAAUGUGGGUUUUUUAAGUGGUGUGACGAAGCGAAAAAUGGUGAAAGUAGCAAGUCUCCUCAGUCGGUGUACCCUCUUUGUUCUUGUGGCGCUGGAGUCUGUCGAAGAAACACGUGGCAAGUUGGGCCAAAUGCGGGUCGAAGCUACUUUGUUUGCCCAAUAAAGAAGGGACAUGGAGCUUGUCUUUUCCACCAGUGGGAGGGUACCCAAGACGUUAUAACAAUAAAUGACCUUGAAGAAGAAUGCAAACUUGACGUAUUUGCAAAGUCUACUUCAAAAAAUCUGACCCGUGGCUUGGGUGAUUUGAGUAUUGAGCAUUCAGAAAGGAUAAAGUUUGAGUCACCGGAGAUGGGAAAUCCUCAACAACAAUCCCCCAGUUUUGUGGCUCUAGAUGGACAUUUUGAGAAUGAACAAGAACCCCUCAUAGAGAGUGGGGGGCAUGACAAAACACUUGAUUUUUCAAACCCUGCAAAGUAUAUCGACCCAUCACAUGUUGAGGCCUCUUCAACUCUCCAUGACCUAGUAUUGUUGGGGGCUGAAUUGAGUGAUCCCAUUGUGAAGAAAACACUCCUAAUGUCCCAUGCAACAGCUUGGGCUGAGAUUUAUUGUCAAGAGACACAGUUCUGGAUGCAGAUCACCUCUGCUAGAGACAAAUCUACACAAGGUCAAAUUUUAGGUCAUCAUGUUCUGGGUUGGUGGGGCCGGCUCGCUUUCCUUCCUUCUCGAUGCUUAUCAGUUCCUCCAACUAGGCCUUUCUUUUGCUGUGUUUUCCCUUCUUUUGAUCCCACCUUUGUUCAGAACAAAAAUGUGUUCAAUAACGAAGGCUUUACUGACCUGCCUCAUAGUCUUUCAAGUGCUGAUUUUGACAAGCCAUCGUCACAGAUAUCUGGUGGGGAUACUACAGCUGUGAGUAAUGUUUCUUGGGAGUUGUCAAACCCCAAAAGUUCUUCCCCUAUAUUUGAAGGCAGCACAACAACAUCACAUUUGGAGGUGCUCGAGCAGACAUUGGUGUAUGUUCAGAAUCAGCUUAUUACCAGUCUUCAGUCCAUGGAUCCACUUAAACAUGAGUCCAUGACACAGGCAGCGAAAGCAACUUUUGAUGUUUUGGAUCGACUAUCAGUUGAUUAUACACCUUUUCGUGAGUGUGUGAGGAAAUUCAUAGACCUGGCAUCAUCACUCGCUGAUAUGGAACAUCCAGCCACCAAUGAACAUUCCUUGCAAGAGUUGAUUGAGCAGUACCAUUGUGAGAAAGUUAGGUACGAGGAUAUUUGUCACUUCCAUGCCAAAACAGUGUCCUCUCUAAUGGCCUCCAGUCAACGCAUUCUAUCUCUCCGUGAAGAGGUUUCUUAUGUCAAAGAUUUGCUUAUGCGAGUUGAGAAUCAGUUGUCCGGCUGUGAGGCUGAGACUAAGGUGCUAGAGACUCGUGCAGGUGAGAUUUGUAAGGAUAUGUUGGGGUCCCAAAAGAGUUUGCAGACUCUUUCCGAGGCAAUGGAACUUUGUCUGAGAAGGGAACAAGAGCAAAAUGCUGCCAAGGCAGCCUUAGAGAUGGCAAGACUUGAGCUUGGGAUGCGAUUGUGUUUAACCUCAAUGUAGAGUAUGACAGUGCUUGAGUAGAUCAUGCCUGUGGAUUCACGUGGUAUUAUGCUUUUUGGCGUUGGCCUAAAAAUGCUCGGUCUGUACCGUUUUGAAAGAAAAUUUAUAAACUGGUAUAUUUGAUAUAAUAUGUAGAUUGUAUAGUACUUUUUAUUA